CUAUGUAGGUUAUAUUGGUAUGUUCAUUGGAAUUUGGAGAUGAUUCCAUGUUGUGAAGUAAUUGAAGAAGUCUGUUAAUGAUUUGAUUAUAAAAAAAAGGGAACUAUGUAUGGAAGGGCAGGUCUUGAUCGAUUUAAGAAAGCUCAGUCAUCUGAACCAUUUUCAGUGACUCAUAAUUCAUCUCCAAAACCUGCCCUUGUAAAUGUUCCAAACUCUCACUUACAAUCUCAACAUCAGAAACCCGAGGCAGGUCCACUGGUUUCUCCAUCUCCACAUGUGACUCAAAUUGGUGGGGGGCAAUCUAAUUGGCAACCUCCUGAUUGGGCUAUUGAGCCAAGGUCAGGUGUUUAUUAUCUUGAAGUGUUGAAGGAUGGUGAAGUUCUAGAUCGAAUUAAUCUCGAUAGACGAAGACAACUGUUUGGGAGACAGUUUCAUGCUUGUGAUUAUGUUCUUGAUCAUCAGUCUGUCUCUCGACAACAUGCUGCUGUGAUUCCUCACAAGAAUGGGAGCGUAUUUGUCAUUGAUUUAGGAUCUGCUCACGGUACAUUUGUUGCAAACGAGCGAUUGACUAAAGAUUCCCCGGUUGAGCUUGAGGUGGGUCAGUCUUUGCGUUUUGCUGCAUCGACUAGAACUUACGUUCUCAGAAAAAACAAUGCUGCCCUUUUCCCUCCCGCUCCACUACCUACAGAAAUUGAUCUCCCCCCAUCUCCAGACCCCAACGACGAAGAAGCAGUUGUGGCUUACAACACAUUUUUAAAUCGUUACUGUUUGACCAAACCAAACAAACAAUCUUUAUCAGCCAAAGAUGAAAAACCAACAGAAAGACCUAAAAAGAGAAUAAAGAAGACAAGAGUAUCCUUUAGAGAUCAAGUUGGUGGUGAGUUAGUUGAGGUGGUUGGUUAUUCAGACGGUGCAGAUGUAGAAACCGAACCAGGUCCAAUGGGUGUAAAAGAAGGAAGCCUUGUCGGAAAAUACGAAUCACUUGUGCAAAUUACAGUAAUACCAAAAGGUAAGGAACAGUCAUCUGUAAGCAAAACAAAUGUUUCGUCAAAUGAUGUGACCGAUAAACUAAAGGAAGUCUUGAACAAGGUUAAAAACAAUUCGAAUACUACAAAGAGCGGGAUAUAUGAUGAUCUUUAUGGGGAUUCGUUCUCCGCUGGUGUGGGUUCAACAACAUGGGCUUACUCUAGUCAUUCUAAAGAGGUUAGUGAUACUAAUAAGACUGAUGAUGAUGUCUUUCGAGGAAGAAAUGAGAAGAAAAUUACCAAAUCUAACGACGAUAGUGAUGAUGAUGACUUAUUCGGUGACUAGAAUUUUUGUUUUUUCUCGAAAAGGUGCAGUUUAGGGUUUCAUUAAUCUGGGUUUGCAUCCUGAAGAUCAGUUUUUAUUUUUUUAAAAUUUUUGUAGGUUGGAUGGUGCAAAAUGAACAUAUUGAGUACAAUCUCUGUUUUUGUUUUCUAUGUAGAAAAUUCUUUGUUGUAUGGGCAAAUUUGUGUAUGUUAUCAUCAGCAAACUGAACCACUAAUUUUGUAGAAAAUGAUUUCAAAUUGGUGCAUCCUAUUGUGUUGAUGA